AUGGAUUUCGAUUUAACGAAGUUUGAAUUUUUAUCUUCAGAGCCCUAUAUCAAGCAAAAUAAUCGUACAUUUUUUAGGUUGAGAGAGAAAAAAAAUUAAUCAAAGGUAGGAAUUUUGUUUUAAAUAAUUAGAUAUUUACGUUCUUAAUAAUUGACGGAAUAUGUGAAGAUAAUCUAAUGAAAAGUCAUUUACAUUGUUAAGGUCGAACCGAAGGUAUAGUAAAAAUAAAAGGGCAUAAAAAUAUGGAUUUUUAAGAUUAAUUUGGGAUCAAAAUUUGCAGACAAGGUUAUUUACUUGAGGAAAUAUCAGCAAGUUUAAGUCAAGUAGCUUUGGUUGAGUAAAUUAAUAAUAAACUCCUUUAAUAAUUAUUGCUAGAUGUUUUAAAAAUUUUAGCAGAUUUGUAAGAAGAAGAGAUAGCAUUACCAUACCUAACACCUGAUUAAAUAAUGAGAAUGAAAGAUGGAAAAUUUAAAUUAUUUGAUGUUAAUAAUGCAAUUAGUGUAAUAGGAAUGGAUAACAGUGUUUAAAGAGAAAUUAAGAGUGAUAUUAAUUAUAUGGAUCCUGAUACAUUUGCUGCAUCAAUAUCAGGUUAAAUUUCAACUCUUCAAAACUAUUUUAAAUCAGUUAUUUAUUCUUUUGGAUUAAUUGUUUUAGAAUUUUGUUGUUAAUAGUAAAAUAUUUUUAAAUCCUUUUAGGUUUUCAAAUCAUCGAAAAACUGAAGAAUAAAUUACAUUUAUGUUGGAACACUUAAAAAAACUUAAUCCCAAUCUUUAAGAAUUAGUUAAUUAAAUGGUUUCAUAAUAAAAAAAUAAAAGACCUAAUUGCAAAGAAGCUUAUGAUUAAUUAUAAGAAAUCAAUAACAUAAAUAAAAAUAAUAUGGAUGAUUAAAUUUGUUAAGAAGUUAUUUUACAUCAAGAUAACACUUUUAAUUGGACUGGAUAAUUUACUGUAUCUCAACCAAUCCAUGAAAACUUAUUAUAAUAAGAGUAAUUUGGGGAGACAAAUAAAUAAAUAUAAGUUUAAUAGAAGUUUUAAGAUAGCUUAGCUUAUAGUGAUAAUUGUUAAACUAUAUAAUUUGUUUAAAGUGGUAUAAAACUACCUGAAAAUUUGAGAAACUAAAUAAAAGAGUGGUAAUAAAGAUAAUAAUAAGUUUAAUCUUAAUAAGAUUUUACUUUACAUUAAGAGGAGUAAAACAAUCAUUUUGAAAGUUCUGAUGAAAUAGAAUAAAAUUAUUAUAGCUAAAUGACAUUUGUUUAGCUUUUGGAAAUACUCUUAAGAUUUCCAUUAAUAAAAUAAAUUAAUGAGUCUGAUUUAUACAUAACUGAGUAAUUAUUAUUUAAUAUUUAGUUAAUACAAUAUUGAUGAAAAAUAAAAUAUUUACAGAUGUACAUAUUAAAAUUAAGAAAAGGUGGUUAAAAUUUAUAGGGAUAAGCCUGCUUCUCAAAUUUUUCAACUACUUAAUAAUAUAAAUCAUAUUUAAAAGUUAAAGAUUUAUGGUUUAUGUAUUUAUGAAGGAUAUUAUUUGUAAGAGUCAGAAAAUGAAGCAUAUUCAGGAACUCUCUAUCUUCUUACAUAAUAAAUGAACUGUGAUUUAGAAAGAGCCUUGGUAAUUCAAUAAUUAUAACAAAAAAAAUUAAAAGAAUAAGUAAUUUUAAAUAUAUCUUAAUUCCUGAAAGCUUACAAUGAGCAUUUUAUUCAUGGAAAUCUUAAACCCUCAAACAUUUUGUUAGGUAUUAUAUUAAUUAUUAAAUAGAUAAUUCAUUAAAUAUAUAUGUAACCGAUUAUGGUUUAAGUGAAGUUAAAGGAGAAAUAGAUGAUUUGUUAUAUAGUAGCAAACCAUCAUGUGUUUAUUCACCUCCAGAAAAAACAUUAAGAAAUACAUUAUCUAAUACUUCAGAUGUUUGGAGUUUUGGGAUUAUAAUCAGUGAAAUUGUAACAGGAUAAAAAAUAAACCAAGCUUUUAUUUAAAAAUUAGGAAUGAAAGAUGAUUAGAUUCAAGGAUAUUUGUAAAUAGAUAAAUUAGAUUAUUUUUCUUAACCAGAAUUAAAUAAUAAAUUGAAAACUCUUCUUAAAUAAAUGACUUAAUAUAAAAGUGAAAAUAGAAUCUCGAGUGCAUAAGUACAUAAUGAAAUUAAAAUCAUAUUCCAAUAGUCAGAAUAAUCUAAUUAUAAAAGUAACAAUAUAAAUAAUUUUUAAAAUGGAAACAAAGGCUAACCAUAAAAUAUACAAAAAAAUAAUUACAUUCAACCUUAAGCAUAAUAAUAUUCUGUAAAUCCUAUUCAAUAAAGCCCAUCAUUUGCUACAAUUAAACAAACUAUCUAAACCAACUAAAGUAAAAUACAUAGAAAUACUGGUUUAUCGCAUAAAGUUCCACCGCCCUCAGCUCGCUAAUAAUAAAGAUAUGAAAAAACUGGUGGUGAAUUUUACAUUUAAGGAAAAACUGUAAAUUUAUAACCAUAAGAUGCUGCAAAACAAAAAAAACCAUAAUGA